UGGCCGUUUCACUUUCACCUUCCUUAAUCCCACUCUUCUUCUUCUUCUUCUUCUUCUUCGUUACCCCUUUUUUUUCUCCGGCCAUGAGCGCCGCCGAUCGUUCCGUCAGGAUCAUCAAGAAGUUCAUCUCCCUCCUCCGCCGUGGCUUCAACUCCUCCAAAUGUAAAACAGCGGCGAAAAUGGCGGUGGCGAGGAUAAAGCUGCUGAGGAACAAGCGAGAGGCGGCGGUAAAGCAGAUGAGACGCGACAUUGCUCUGCUUCUUCAGUCGGGUCAGGACGCCACUGCUCGGAUUCGGGUAGAACAUGUGAUAAGAGAACAGAAUGUUUUGGCUGCCAAUGAGAUUAUCGAACUCUUCUGCGAGUUGGUUGUGGCUAGAUUAUCAAUUAUAGCGAAACAGAGGGAAUGUCCGGCAGAUCUGAAAGAAGGGGUUGCUAGUUUGAUCUUUGCAGCUCCGAGGUGCUCUGAGAUUCCAGAGCUUUCUGCACUUACCAAUGUUUUUGAGAAGAAAUAUGGGAAGGAUUUUGUGUCUGCUGCCACUGAUCUAAGGCCCAAUUGUGGAGUGAAUCGGCUGCUCAUUGACAAGCUCUCUGUUCGAACUCCUGCGGGUGAAGUGAAGCUUAAAGUAAUGAAGGAGAUUGCCAAGGAGCACCAGAUUGAAUGGGAUACGACAGAAUCUGAGAAGGAGCUACUAAACCCUCCUGAAGAACUUAUUGACGGGCCUCGGAGUUUCGUUAGCGCUGCUAGCUUACCUGUGAAGCCUGCAGCAGCAGCAAGCCAAUCUGCUGGAAAUGAUGCUCAAAUUGAAAGGAGGAAUGGUAGAGAGGAUGAAAGUAUGCACUUUCAAGAUACAGCAUCAGCCGCAGAAGCUGCUGCAAAAGCAGCGAAGCAAGCGAUUGCUGCUGCAGAGGCAGCUGCCUAUCUAGCAAAUAAAGACAUGAAUUGGGAUGCUCGAGACUCGGGUUUCGAUCUCAGCCCUCCUGCUAAUUCUACCCCGAUCUGCUCUCAUCAUAUUGAUCAUCAGUUCAAGGCAGGAGAAGAGAGAACAACGAAUGUAAAUACAGAUUAUGAGAUGGCUUACAGGAGACAUAGCUAUAAUCCUACCGACAUAAAGUUCGACGAAUCGGAUUGUGAAGAAGAAACUCAAAUGGACGACGGAGCUGACGGAGGUGAUAGUCGACCUCCUGAUGGGAAUCCUCCACCGAUACCUUCAUCUCGUGUCCACCCCAAGCUGCCUGAUUAUGACACUCUUGCUGCUCGCUUUGAAGCUCUCAAGUACAGGAAAACUUGAACUUAGUCAGAAUGUUGUUAUAAUUACUUGCCAAUGAUGCAUGUAAUUACUCAACCUUAUUGCAUUCAAAUAAACCAGGAGUAUUCUUUUGUUAGCUGUUUACAACACCCUAUAUAAUCAAAUACUGUAAAAAGAUCAGAGAUUAUGGUAUUCAGAAUGCAAUUCUUAUACAAUAUUGGUUGAGAUA